AUGACCGUAGUAAAGAUUCAAAGUCAAAAAGAAUUGGACGAAAAGUUUGAUGACGGAUAUGUAAUUGUAGACUUUACGGCCACUUGGUGUCCCCCUUGUAAAUUUAUAGCACCAAUCUUUGAAAACCUUUCUAAAAUUCAUUCACAUGUUAAAUUUCUUAAAGUCGAUGUUGAUGAGAGCAGUGAUAUCGCAGAAAAAUACAAUGUAACCUCCAUGCCAACUUUUAUCUUGUUUAACAAAGGCGAAGUGGUAGGCACCGUGCUUGGUUCUACAGCAUUAUAUUUGGCAUGCAGGGCUAUAGAAAGUGGAUCAAUUGAUUGUGCACUUGCUUUGGGAUUUGAAAAAAUGAAACCUGGGCCAAUGAAUUCAAUAUUCAAAGAUAGAACAUUUCCAAUUGAUCACACAGUUGAAGUUAGUUCAAGUAUUAAAGAUUUGGACAAUUCACCUCUUAUGGCACAAUUAUUUGGAAAUGCUGGAAUAGAAUAUUGUAAUAAAUAUAAUGCGACUUAUGAUCACAUGGAAAAAAUAAGUGGGUUGCUUUCAAAAGGACAUCCUGUUGGUGCAACUGGAUUAGCACAGUGUAUAGAAUUGGUAUGGCAAUUACGAGAAUGGGCAACAAAUCGUCAAGUUUCAAAUAUUAAAUAUGCAUUACAACAUAAUCUUGGUUUAGGUGGUUAUAAUCCUGCUAUUGAAUCAAAAGGUAUUACAACCAAUGAUUUAGAUAAAGUAAAGUCUAAAAGUGACUAUAGUAAUUGGUUUUAUUCAAAACUUUAA